GCCCUCAGUGCGUGACGGCUCCGCGGGCCACGGAGAACCAGAGAGGCGCGCGCGCACACGGCCAUGUUUACUCGGUUUCGGUGGCGUUUCUUUGUCGGACGGUACGACGACGACGACGCGUUCUUAUCGGUGCUGCACGCCGCGAUAUUAAUUAUGCCCGCCGCCACGUGUGCCUCGUAAUUCGCGCUGAAACGGAUCGUUUCUACUCCGAGUGUCGUUCUCGCCGCGAUCAGCGAAUCCAGGAAUCGAGCGCGCGCGGCGACACCGAGCGUAUGUUCCCCGCUGCGCGACACGACGAGCACGUUGCGGGCAGCACACACGACAGCCGGUGCCCGAUAGGAACAUUGUCGCCACUUAACCUGGAGCACGAAGUGCGAGCAGAAUCGCCCGCCUCCACGAGAUGGAGGAGCUGCAUAACGGUGUCAUCCUGAUCAAGUAUGAACCACGUUCAAGGUGCAGAUCAUGGGAUGACGUAGGACCGACGAAAAUGGAAACUGUCGGGCAAACGCACAGACAGCACCACCCUACCUUGAAGGCGACUAGGUCCAACACGUCGACACAGUCGGCCAGAAGCGAGGACUCGUGGUGCUCCGCCUCAGAUCAUGACCUCUCUUCAGACGACGAGAGCGAGAAGAGUAAUAUCAGUAUUAAAAGUAACUGCCAGUUAAGGAGCACGUUGCACAAGGCAAGGACACUGUGCGACAAGUGGAGGUCGCAGAAUAUGCGAGUGAACAACGCUGACCCAUUAGACUCGCCUGGGAACCACGGAAGACUCUCGAGAUGGUUCAGCAUCCGUCGAGGUUCGACGCAACAGUACGACGUCGACUCGUCAGACACGGUUUCUCUCACGAGUCCGAUCAAGACGCCUCAGAUGCCUCAGCUCUGCGAGGUCGAAGAAGAGAACAGCGCAAUGGUGCAAUUUCAAUGCAUGCAACAACGUCGUCAAACACCGCCGGCUCUUCCGCCGACACCUCCUAAUUUAACUCCGCAGCAGCUGAAACGCCGGCACAUAGUAGCAGCCAUAGUGCACUCGGAGAACGGUUACGUGUCCACGUUGCAGAGGCUAGUGAACGAUUACAAGAAACCUUUGGAGGAAUCCUCGCCGCCUAUAUUGAGCCAAGGGAAAAUAGCAACGUUGUUUCAUAGAUUGCCCGAAAUUCUGCAGUGCCACACGUUGUUCAGAAUUGCGCUCGCUGAAUGCGUUCGUUCAUGGGACAAAGAUGAGAAGCUGGGUGACGUAUUCGUGGCCAGCUUCAGCAAAGCGAUCGUGCUAGAUAUUUACAGUGGCUUCAUAAACAAUUUCUCGGUAGCCAUGGAUUUAGCUAAACAGGAGUCGAAACGAAAAACUGCGCUUGCCGAUUUCUUCAAGGUGAAACAAAUAAGUGCACACGAUAGACUGUCCUUUUUUGGGCUCAUGGUUAAACCCGUUCAGAGGUUUCCGCAGUUCAUAUUAUUCCUACAAGACUUAUUGAAACACACGCCGCAAGGACACCACGAUAGAAUGUCGUUGCAGUUAGCGUUGACCCAACUAGAAAGUCUGGCAGAGAUGUUGAAUGAGAGGAAACGCGAGGCGGAACAGUUCCAGGCUUUCAAAGAAAUGCUGCGACAUGUAUCCGGAAAACUGUCUCAUCGUCCUCUUUCAUCUUCUUCUAGAUAUCUCAUAAGGGAAGACAACGUCACACAGUUGGAAUUCAAUCAAAAUGGCAUGAUCACAAAAUCAAAAAGACGAAGGUUGCUGUUGUUGAACGACCUUGUGGUGUGCGUUUCCGUGACGCCGCGAUCCGCGGAGGACUUCAGCGGAAGCGAAAGACUCACUUUGAAGUGGACGUAUCCUGUGUCAGACAUUGAGAUUCAGGACACGAGUACUUCGCCUACGUUGAGUCGAUUAUUAACUGCUGGUCUGAACAAAGGCGGCAGCCUGAAAUCUGACAAAAGUGGAGAAUGCGGACAGGCAGGUGCGGACAAUCUCUGUGUAGAAAUGAAUGACCUUAUGCACGAUUACGAAGUGAUGUCCAGGAUAAGUGAUUUAGUUGCACAACUGAAGGGUAAAUACGAGGGAAUGACGUUAGAGAAGACCAAACAAAUUCUCCAAUCUAUACAACUAUCGAUACAACAGAAAGACGAGGACAUGGUAUGGGCAGAUAGUUGUUGCUUGCAGCUGGUAACUAAGCAAGGACAAAUGUACACAUUUCAAACAGAAAAUCCUCUAGUGAAGAAAGACUGGAUAACCGAGCUUAGGCUGGCACAGUUAGCUUUAGAUCCAAAUAAUUCUCCUUCUUGGGAAGUACCUGAACAAGAACAAAGACCAUCGACCAAGAUGCCAUUGUUCGUUAGUUCGCAACAAGUGUACCACUCGCAACAUCAGACAGAGGUACGUUGCGGUUGUUACUACACCACCCAAAAUCCACGACCCACCAGGCGCCGUGGUAGAAGUCAAAGUUACUUAUGGAUCUGUACAGGGGAUGGUAUAUCCAGCCACGUGACUAUAUUCGGUCAAUCUACAACAGCUUCCGCCACAUCCCUGAAGCAAAUAACAUCGUUCGACUUGAUAGAAACCAGAGUAGCUGCCGUAGAAUUCGUAAAAGGUGUCUCCUCCGAACCAUUGUCACUGUCGAACGACCUGGUAUGGAUGGGCACGGAUUCCCGCAAGAUUAUCAUCUACGCUGCCUCGGAACCAGAAAAACAAGAGGAACUCGGUAACUAUGCCGUGUCGGGACCAGUGAUACAGAUCAAGUAUCACUGCGACAACGUUUUCGUCGCGCUGGGCAUUGGCUUGCUGCUGCUGUUCAGGAGACAAAUAGAUGGUACCUGGAACCUCAAAGAGCCGCACGUGAUAUCAUUGGGCAGCGAACCCGUGUCUUGUUUGAUGCCGAUCAACGCGUCCGUUUACGCCGCUUGUGGCAAAAAGGUGUGGGUGCUAAACGGGGUCACCGGCGAUAUCACGAAAAGCUUCAGUGCUCAGCACGAACACGUUGGCAACGUGAAGUUGAUGGCUCACUCUGGUGUAGGCCUUUGGGUCGCUUUGAAGAACUCUAGCACCGUAUGUUUAUACCACACCGAAACGUUUAAACACCUCCAAGACAUCAACAUAGCGUCCAACGUCCUAAGGGUGACCAGGUCGAAUAAUACCUCGAAUUCCUGCGGCGAUAAUCUGAACAAUAACCAGACCACGGUUACGGUAACGGCACUGCUAGCUUGCAAGGGUCUCCUCUGGGUUGGCACAAACGUAGGCAUCAGCCUAACGAUUCCUCUUCCUCGUUUGGAAGGAGUACCCAUUAUCAGUGGCCGUGUGAAUAUCUCUUACCACGCGCACUUCGGCCCCAUCACCUUCUUGCUAGCUAUUCAGAAUCAUAAGAAUACCCUGAACUGCGCAAGCGAUGAGAUCACAGACGAGGAGACCGUACAAUUACGGAAUAAGGAAACUGAUAGCAGCAGAAGUAGCCGAGACAGGGCAAGCUUAGAUUCGUCCAUGUCGAAUAGCAUAGUGAAGCUCAAGCAACAACUAGCGAGCAGCCCGGUAAUGUUGAGACGGAAACGGAGCAAGGAAUACGAGUACAGAGGUUCAAAGACACUUCCAAGAGGGCUCGGUUCCGGUGGUGGAUUCUUGUCCAGUUCGAUGUCCGGAUCGCAGAGUUCGGGCGAGAACUGCGACGUUUACGGUCUAUACGGGGAACUUAUGUACGUUAAGGAUUACGAGAACGAGAACAGCUCUGGCAUCGAUCCAAUUUACGAGUCCUUAAGGAGGAGCGAUCCAGAGCUAGCAGCCAUACCAAAUAAAGUUAAUACCUUAGACCGUAGACUGAAGAUGAAAAUUACCAGGCCCAGGUCCUUGGACUUGUCAAAUUGGUCCGUGGACUCGCACGCCAGUUCUCUGUACACAUCUUCCGGUUCCGAGGAAAAUAUCUCCUUGAAAACUGGGAAAUUGUCUCGCAACAGUAGCACCGCUAGUCGAAACGGACCGUACGAAACACCAACUCCGAACAGUAGCAUUGGGCAGUCAGUUGCAGAGACCCUGCCGGCGUCCAACAAUUUGAAGCCUAAUGCGAAAAAGAUAAACAAAACUCUGCAACAAAUAGAACAACCUAAACGGACGGUCCUGACGCUGAUGGGCGGCAGAGGUUACAUUAAUUGGAGGCAACUGAACGCUCAGUCUGUUGCCGACAAGAGCUCUAAAUCUGGUUACACGUUCAAAGAUCCAAACAGUAACGAUGCCCACAUUGUGCUGUGGGAGAUGAAGUUAUGAUACUCAGUUAUGCUAGGACAACCGUCACGCCUGCGUCAGUACGUAUAGACAUGCUACUCUCAAUGUCGGUAACGGUAAUGUUUUUUACCGGCAAUUAGGACCAAAUAAUAUUGUUGAACUGAUGUGUAUCUCUUUAAGUAAUAAGGAUACUCGAUAGGAAUUCGUUGAUUGCGUAGCGCGAUUUUAAGUCAGGUGUUCACUGAGAAUUAUUUCGGAACUACAAUGAAGUUAUUAUACCGAGACACGAACGUGUGUCCUUAUCAUGACAGUGUAAAGAUCUAGUUCUCGCAUAGCUCUCUUUAAAAAAAAAAAAGAAAAAAGUAAAACAUUUUUUGUAUUUUAUAAGGUACGCUUUCAUCAUGCUGAGGAGAUCAUAUAUUUUGUUGUAGACUGCUUUUACUGUGUACGCUCGUAUACGUUAUUUAAUCGUGCCUCCGACACGAUUAUCAUCGUGCAACUUUAGAAUAGAAAAAAAUUAGAACAAAGAUUAGCGUGGAGUACGUAACCAGCUCGAAUCGAAUGAACUGAAAGGUUGGUAAAUGUUGAAAAUAUUUGUACAAAACAAUAUGCGUGAAAGUGAAAAAUAUUACAUUGUUACUAUUAACAGUAGUAUUCAAAUAUUUUCGCGAGUUGAAUUAUAUUUAAAUACUAUUACUAACAAGAGAAGUUAUCUAAUUCAAAAACAUAAGAUUUAAUGAAACUUUCUAUAUGUACGGUACGUACGUAAAUGAAGUGUACGAGAAACAAUUUCGUUCAGUUGACUCAAUAAAAACUCCUUAGGAGAAUAAAAUGACCUCUACACUUUUGCAUUUCUUUUGUUUUUUCUAGUAAUAAAUAAAAGUUUGAAUAUAUUUAAUGUUCUGUUCUAUUUUGAGUCGGUUAGAUAAUUACGUUAAAAAAUAUUCGAUUAUCGAACUGCUCUUUUUUACGGAAUAAUUAUUCUCUGCAUAUUUUUAUUAUUACAUCUACGCGUUGAUGCUAUGACAUUAUGCCAAAGAAAUUCUCUUUUGCACAAUGGUCCACAGUCUACUAUGCUCCAUGUACACACACAAAGUUUCAUGUAGAUCAGGAUUUUCGGAUUUGGUGAUUUUGCCUUGUAAGAUAAAAGUGUAUAAUUUUCCCAGAAUCCGUUUGUAUAACUUUAAGUCCUCGCCGUGUGUACGAGUGUACGCGAUAUUCGAUGAAGAAUCGGUUCUUGAAUAUGCAUUAUAAUAAAUACUGUUACUUUUGAAAUUACAUGUUAAAAUAGCUUGAGGCAAUGGUGUUCCAUGAAACAAUAGCAUUGGAGCCUCUUUAUGCCUUGUUGUUUAGUAGAAUUCUUGACAGAAAUAUAACAAAUUUAAACACAUAUGGAAUACCACUGACUUAAAGUUCAAUGUUCCGAGUUUUAUUUGCUCGGUGACGUACAUGUGGCGACACAAGCAAACACGUACAAACAAACACACAAGCAAACACGUACAAACAAACACACACACACACACACACACACACACACACAAACACAAACACAAACAAACAAACAAACAAACAACAUAGAGCUUACAUAAGUUUGUAGGACACGUAAUUAGUGAAACGUUGUCUUACAGUUUAUACGCAGGACGUUUCGCAUCGAGAAGGAAGACAAUUGACUUCUUUUUAAGCGUUUCACGUUUUCGUUCCGAAUCUUGUUACGAAAAUGUAAGUGGCUCCUUUUUCGUAACGAGGAGAAAAUAAACAACACAGAGCAGUGCCUGUGAUUUAUUCGUUUAACGAGGGUAACCUUGACUAGCGCACGGAGAGUCUCUGACAGUAUCAAGCGUUCUUUUUUUUAAUUUUUUUUCUUGUAUUUGUAUUAAAAAAGGAAAAAAUUUAAAAACCUUAUAUAUACACGAAGAUAGGGCAAAAGAGAGGAGAGAGAGAGAGAGAGAGAGAGAGAGAGAGAGAAUUAGCAAGUUCAUUUAAAUGAAAACAAAAACGAUGCAAUUAGGUAGGAUGUUUAGUUUGGAUUGUUUACAAUGAGGAAAAAAAUAUCUCUUUAUCAAUCAGAUGAUGAUGCAAAUCGUUUAGUAUUUAAUAGCAUUUCUCGAUGGUGCGUAAGAUAUUUUAUAUCUUUUAUAAGCGUUAGCAAGUUGAACAUUUUUGAUACAUAUAUUUUACUGCCAAACGCGAUAAAUAGUUUCUCUGCGGGAGUGAAGAAUUGGCAAAUAGGCAAAACGGUGUAUCGACCGAUGAUCACGUCACAUAUUGUCAGUUCUCCAGUUUUGUGAUAGAACGAGUGAUGAUGAGAAGUGGAUUGAAAAUACGGGAGAUAAAAAUUUAUGUCAGUUACCCAGUGAGAGAAGUAUAUCGUAGUUUUGUCGCAAAUGUGCUUGUUAAGUUUUCCACAAUCGGCAUGGACGAACGAGAGUCUGCGUGUACAUGUAUAUAUUUUUCCGAUGAAAAUUAAUUUUUAUAUCAUAAUGAAUUCUGGAAAUAGAUUUCUAUUUUGUACACUACUUUUUUUCUUUUUGUUAAGCUUAUAUAUAUAGAUACAUAUAUAUAAAUAUACAUAUGUAAUCUUAUUUUGUAUUUAUACGGAUGAUAGAAACACACACGAGAGAUAAUUAUUCAGCAAUACUUUGUUGCAUGUACGUACACGCACACACCAUUUGAGCACACGUGCACACACAUGUAUUUAUUACUUAAAAUCGUCGUCGUAGCGUUGUGUCAUUGUUUAUAUACGAGUCUGAGAAAAUUUUGUUGCGUUUAGCGUUCGCAGGCCCUCUUCAGUACGUUAAUUUUUCACUCUUUGUAUCGCUCUAUAUUGCUGAAUAUUAAUAAUUAUUUAAAAAUCAA